AGAAGCUCCAUUGCCUAAAAUGCAGCUCUCUAACCUCCUCCUGGCCCUUGCCGGCACAAUGUGGUUCUCCGAACAAUGGGGAACUGCAAUCGUGGUUGAAGACUUCAACCAUAUAGAGAGAUGCAAGGACUCGCUGUAUAUGGGAACACCACCACGCGGCUUCAAAGACCCUAACCUCAAGAAGAUCUGCCAACGCUACGCUGACAAACCCAGAUUUGUGACUCUGUAUGAUCCCAAAAUCCGCAUCCCAGUUUACUCCGCAUACAGCUUCAAGAAAACAGAGGGUGAUCGGCGUGUGGACUAUCCCUGGAUGUACGAACCUCAGCUUGCAGAGAUUGAUGGGAAUGGGAACAUGAUGCCGUUCCCUACUGGAUACUUACACAUGAAGUUUGAGGACAGCCAGGCAGUUUUGGAUGACUAUUCAGACGUGGUUCUGUACGAGAGAGGGCACCUGAAUCCAGACCAGCACCAGUCUGACCCUCAAGACCGAGCGGCCACAUACACGCUCACCAACGUCGUGCCAGAAAUCCGCGAGUUCAACAUCGGGCCCUGGCGCCAAUAUGAAGAGCGCAUCCGCGUGCGCCUCAACAACUUCUGCAGGGGCACAGCUUACAUCGUGACUGGCGUUAUCCACGCUGGAAACAUGAUCCGACGUAACAACCUGAAUCGCGUGGGCAUCCCCGAAGAUGUGUGGUCUGCUUACUGCUGCACCGACUACGACCGAAACUCACCGCAUGUCGAGCGCAUCCACUUCCCGACCUACGCGGCCAUCGCCAAGAACGCAAAAGAGGGAAACACUGUUCAAGAGCUCACGGUGCUGGAGCUCGAACUCAUCCUGACGCAGAGAAUGAAUGUAGACAUGAACUUCCAGCUCUUCUAUGAUAAUUGUAACUCACCUUCACCUCUUCCUCCUUACCUUCUUCACAGCGUAUGAUCUGACCUGCCUGCAGUUCUAUAGCUUUGGUUGUGGGUUAGUUUUUUCCAUACUUUCUUCUUUCCUGUAGCUUUUCUAGGCAUUUCCUUUUAAACAUAGACAUUUUGGUCUGAAGCAUUUAAAUAAAUUGGUCAAAAGUAACAUUUAUGUUAACACUUUUAAAUAGGCUAACAAUUCCCACUAUUAACUACUGACUUAUUAUCUGCUUAUUAUUGAGAUAUUAGCUGUUUAUUAGUACUUAUAAAGUACACUCUUAUUCUAUAUCCCUAUCCUACCCAUUGCCUAAGCCCAACUACUUUACGAGUUAUUAAUAAGCAGCAAAUUAUUAGUUUACUGACCUAAAAAUUUAUAGUUCAUGGUUUGUUAAUAGGGUAAAUUGGACCUUAAAAUAAACAUUGCCCACAUUUUAAUUAUAUCUUUAAAUAAAUGCUUUAAAUAUUAAACUAUUUAUUCAUUAAAUAAUCUUAAAAAGCAUCAUUUAAAUAAACAAUUUAUAUCUGGAAGAUAUAUUACUACACGUUUUAUGUAUUUUGACCAAAUUCAUUCAUCUUCCUACGGCUUGAUCUCUUAUUCAUCAAUGGUCGCCACAGCAGAAUGAACCACCCAAAGGAGACCAAAUAACUGUUUCAACAACAUAAGAGACAAAAUAUGUUGUUGGCGUAUAUAAUAAUUAUAAUUCAUCUGUGAUAUUUUAAGAAUACUUUGUAAUUGACUUUAAAGAGCAACACAAUAAUUAAAUGACCUCGUUAUAUUUUAUUUCAACUCUCUGCCUACAGAUAUUUUAUUGCUUUUAUCUUAUAUACUAUUACGUUAAUCCUCCAAUAAAUGAAAGUGUGAUCAUCACAAACUUAUUUUGCAUACACAUGUUACUGACACCACUUGAUGUUCUAGGUUGUAUUUCUUGGUUUUUGUGGUAUAGAGAUGGUGUGUUAAAAAAUAAAGAUGAAAAAUGUCACACACUUGUGGAAAUCAAUAAAAACCUAAGAACAAUUUUGGUUGUUUCAUCAUUAGCCACA